UUAGUUUUAACUGAUUCACACAGGCGGUUUGGCAGAAGAUUUUUACUUGCCUUUCCUGACACGACCAUGUAUUUUCAAGGCACAGUGAGACCCAGAUAAACUGGAGUGUGAUGGGUCUUGACUCACUGGAUUUUUUUGUUUUUGCUCAUUACCUGGCAGUCCUACACCCAGCCGCUGGGAUCUUAAAAAUAAUAUAAAAGGUUAUUGAAACAGGAUUGUACAGACAUUUAUUUUUGGUGCAAAAUCCUAAUUUUGACAUUGAAAGUAGGAAUUUGCCUUUCUACCUCCUGUUGUCUUAAGGCACUGUAACAUUUAGUUUGCAUCAAACUGAAGGUCCAGGCUUGGUUGGAAUUAGAAAGCAUAUAUUUCAAAAGUAUUUGAUUAUAAAACUCAAGAUUUGCAAUUAUAUGACCUUAAAAAAGCUUCCACAUUAAGUUGCAAUAGCAAUUGGUAGCAUAUGGAUGAAGUGAUCACUUUUUUCCAAGUUUGCCUUUUGCUGUUUGUGAGUAGCAGCAUCUGUAAAGUCUGGAAAAACAGGGAAACAAUUGAAUAAUCAAACCAAUCAGCUUCAAACAUUUUUGUCUUAUCAAAAUUAGGAGUCAGGUCAUAAUAUUUCACUUCACUUUUGGAUUGUUACAUUUUAACAUUAUGAAUGAGAACUUUUUGAACAUCUGUCACAUACCUUUACAGAAAAGAGUAUGGCAAUGUUAAAUCCCAGGUCCUCUGUCGGAACGUCUACGGAUCAGCCCCACCCAACUGCUUUCCUACGCUUUCUUCACGUUAAACAUAGUUUCUGUCUCGGUUCCCCUUAUUUUGUUUUAUUUUAUUAUUUUUUCAAGGUUAAUUUGACAGGUAUAUCGGACCUCACAUGUAGGCGCGGUUCUUCCGCGUUAACAGGUGAGGCUGCAGUGCAACGGCUCUUAUUGUGAAGGAGCACCGGAUGCAGUGCGCUCGCGGCCGCGAAUUUGUCGCGUGUCUGGCAGAGACUGCGGGUGCAGCGGUUCGGUCCACAUGCUGGACGGUUCCAGACAGAUCCGGAGCGGACUAUAGAAGCCGCGCGGAACAUGGCUGAGAGGCUGGAGUGGGUGGAGAUCAUCGAGCCGCGCACACGGGAGCGCAUGUACGCCAACCUGCUGACGGGGGAGUGCGUGUGGGACCCCCCUCAGGGAGUGUGCAUCAAGCGGACCGGUGAAAACCAGUGGUGGGAACUGUUUGACCCCAACACCUCCCGCUUCUACUACUACAACGCCUCGAGCCAGCGGACGGUGUGGCACCGCCCCCAGGGCUGCGACAUCAUCCCGCUGGCUAAGCUGCAGACUCUAAAGCAGCACACGGAUGGUGGCAACCCCCGCCCCCCAGGAGGGGGCAAGGCGUCUGCGGACAACAGCCCAGGACGGAACAGCCGGGAGGGAAGCACCUCCUCUUCUGUAGACCAAGAUGCCUCUGAGAAGCAGGCCAGCAGGGAGGAGGCAGACAGGACAUCUCCCUUUAGGUGGAACACUGGGACGAAGGAGCGCAUGCUGAUCAAAGUGACGGACAGAGAGCCCAGCUUCCUGGCUCAUCAGGGAAAUGGUUACUCUCCUUGUGAAUCCCCAACCCCAGGGGUCCCAUUCGGAGGGGGCACCGCCUCACGGACACGUCGUUCCUCAGGAGGGGUCCAGUCCUCAGACCCUGAGGGCUCGCCUGUUCUUUAUGCCGACCGCCGUCAGUCGCCAUUUUUGAAGCGAGCGGAGAUGGCCUGCACCUCCUCUCACCGACAUCCCUCAACUGACUCCCAGCCGCCUUCGCCCCGCUACGCCUUUGAGCCUCCACUGUACGAAGAGCCCCCCUCUGAGUACCAGCCCCCUCCCAUCUAUGAAGAGCCUCCCACGGACAUGCACCUUCCCGACUCUGGCUCCUUUUACUGCUCUGGAAAGUCACCCGCACGCAAGUCCUCUGCCCCCCUAUACCAUUCCCCUAAACAGAACCAGUCCCCUUACGGGCAGCUGGUUCUGACCCGGCAGAAGUGUCCAGAGAAGACUCAGAGUCUGGAGUACAGUCCUGUAGGGAAGGAGUAUGUGAAGCAGCUGGUAUACGUGGAGCAGUCGUCCUCCAGCCCCCGCUUCAAGACCACAGACCGCUUGAUGCGAUAUGGCACUACAGGGGGCUUUGGCGCCUCUUACGGGGGGUCCUAUACACUGCAGCACAGCCAGUCUCUGAUCCGAGACCCUCGUCUUCUUUUAGACUACACUGGGGAGGGAGGAGAAGGGGGCCAGAGGUUGCUGUACGAGGACUCUCUCUCCUGGACGUCAAACCAGACGCACUCUCUGUCAUCAGCCGGCACCUUCUCCCCCAGCAGCAACCGCAAACGCAAAAGUCGCAAGCCGUCCCUUCCCCAAGAGCUGGGCCGCUGCGGGGAGGGGGAGCUCGCGGGCACGGCCUCAGAGGCCAUGCUCACUCAGGCCAGGCUCGCCUGGGAGGCCCAGCAAGUGAUGAAGCAGAGGUGCAGCUGGGACUCCGGUCACGGAGACAGCGGGAACCAAGGUGGGGGCUCCAAGGACGGCUAUGAGAGCGACGGGGCGGUGCCACUGCCAUUACCCGGCCCCGUGGUCAGGGCUUUCAGUGAGGAUGAGGCACUGGCGCAGAGCGACGUCCAUCACUGGAAACGCAGCACCUUUGACCGGCUGGGCUUUCCUCAGGCCCUGCUGGAGAAGAGCCUGUCUGUCCAGACCAGCCUGGCUUCACCUGAGCCAUAUCUCCAUCCCUCACAGUCUGAGGACCUUGGGGCCUGUGCUCAGUUUGAAGCCAGUCGCAACGCCAGGAACAUGAUGCCGAGCGCCAGCUGUGGCAUUUUCCCAGAGUUCAGCCUGAGGAAGCCCUCCUCCGAGACGGACAUCGAGAACUGGGCGUCUAAACACUUCAACAAACACACGCAGGGUCUGUUCAGAAGGAAGGUUUCCAUCGCCAACAUGCUGGCGUGGAGCAGUGAACCUAUCAAGAAGCCCAUGAUCGUGACGUCGGAUCGCACCGUGAAGAAAGAGGCGGUGGAGAUCUUCAAGCUCGUCCAGACUUUCAUGGGGGACCGCCGCUCCAAGGCUGACCCCCUUGCUGUGGCGCUGGAGGUGGUUGUCCGGGGGUGGAGCAACCAGGGUCUGCGUGAUGAGCUCUACAUCCAACUGUGCCGUCAGACCACGGAGAACUUCAGGUACGACAGCCUCGAGCGCGGCUGGGAGCUGAUGGCCAUCUGCUUGGCCUUCUUUCCACCAACACCCCGCUUCCACGCCUACCUGGAGGGCUACAUCUGCAGACACAUGGACCCCCUGAACGACACAAAAGGAGUGGCCAUUAGCAGCUAUGCCAAACACUGCUACAGGAAGCUGAUGAAGGCGGCUCUGACUGGAGCCAAGAAGGGUCUGCAGAAACCCAGUCUGGAGGAGAUCAGGCAUGCCAGGAACGCCAUUUUCCACCCCUCCAUGUUUGGCUCUUCUCUGGAAGAGGUGAUGGCGUUGCAGAAAGAUCGGUACCCAGACCACCAGCUGCCAUGGGUGCAAACCCGGCUCUCUGAGGAGGUUCUAGGUCUCAAUGGGGAUCAAACAGAGGGCAUCUUCAGGGUUCCAGGAGACAUAGAUGAGGUCAAUGCCCUUAAGCUGCAGGUGGACCAGUGGAAGAUCCCCACUGGGCUGGAGGACCCCCACAUUCCAGCAUCUUUGCUCAAGCUGUGGUACCGUGAACUGGAGGAGCCGCUGAUCCCACACGAGUUCUACAAUGAGUGUAUCCGCCACUACGACAACCCAGAGGCGGCCGUCAACGUGGUGCUGGGUUUGCCUCACAUCAACAAGCUGGUGCUCUGCUACCUCAUCCGCUUCCUGCAGGUGUUUGCACAGCCUGCCAAUGUGGCCAUCACCAAGAUGGACGUGAAUAACCUGGCCAUGGUCAUGGCCCCCAACUGCUUGCGCUGCCAGUCCGACGACCCCCGGGUCAUCUUUGAGAACACCCGCAAGGAGAUGUCCUUCAUCCGGGUGCUGAUCCAGCGGCUGGACACCAGUUUCAUGGACGGGAUCCUAUAGCCCGGAUCCAACUGACCCCCUGCUGGAGGGAUCGAAAACUGCCUCCACCUGUUUCCUGCCAGUUUAACUUAACUGUGUUUGUCUUGUGUGGGUGUGGUCACCGUUAGUGUGGGCGUGGUCAUCAGCCGUGUGCCUUUAGGAACUGACGCAGCGCACGCGCUCAGUUGAUCAGCAGACCUCCUUUAUCUCCACGAUACGUUUUUUAAGACAUUCUGCCAUGUGCACUCCCGCCGUGCACGGCGCCUCAUGUACAGCAUCACGAUUGAAUGAACACAGCGCAUGUUUAGUCUGAGUCACGUGUGCACCCUGUGGCCCCUAGGAGCCCCGUUGGGCUCCCACGAAGGAGUAUUCAUUGAUGUGCACAUCU